AUGGCAUCAUGCAACACCUUGGCUGCUAACGCCCAUCUCGACUGGAGCAUGGCAUUUCUAAGAGAUUUCACCUACAAGUAUCUCAUACACAACGUUCCAGCCCCCUGUUUGCUGCCGUCCUUCGUUUGGUUCCCGGGAGUUGAGAUGAAUUCUAGUUCCUUGUUAGCGAGGAAUCUGCUUCGCUAUCAUAUCAGACGGUCACUCUGCAUGCAGUCGGAUCCAUUCGUUCUAGAGAAGCUUUCCGGCAAAGAUGAUGGCAUUGUCCUAUUCAGAAUGAACCGGCCAGAAACUAAGAAUGCCAUCAGUUCACUCUUUUUAGAAAAGCUUCGAGCGAGCAUUGCUGCCGUCAAAUUUGAUAAGAGCGUUCGUGUCGUCGUCUUGAAAAGUGAUGUGGAGGGAGCAUUUUGCACAGGGGCUGAUCUGAAGGAGAGGAAAAAUAUGCCACUUGAAAAAGUCCCUGUUUUUGUUGACUCAUUGCGAUCGUCAUUUUCUGAGUUAGAAAGCUUGCCGCAACCCGUCAUAGCUGCUAUUGAUGGAUAUGCUUUGGGUGGAGGUCUUGAGAUGGCACUUGCUUGUGAUAUUCGAGUGGCCACUGCCGAAUCCAGAGUAGGCCUUACUGAAACGAAAUUAGCAAUCAUUCCCGGAGCAGGAGGAACUCAGCGUCUAACUCGUGCUGUGGGUCCUGCUAUAGCGAAGGAGCUGAUCUUUACUGGGCGUAUGAUCGGCGGUGAGGAAGCGUGUCGAAUUGGAUUGGUAAACCACUGCGUAAAAACUGACGCUUACUCCAAAGCAUUGGAAAUCGCUCGAGAAAUCAUUCCAAGGGGUCCUCUUGCCGUUCGACUUGCGAAAAUAGCUAUCGAUACUGGUUCCGAAGUUUCUCUUGAUAACGGUUUGAUCGUAGAGCAACAGUGUUAUGCACAAGUCUUACCCACAAAGGAUCGGUUAGAAGGUUUACAAGCCUUCAUGGAGAAGCGACCACCCUCUUACAAAGGAGAAUAACAAAUGGUAUCUGCUCUUCACCAUCGAUUCUACCUCACUUCUUUCGACAAGUUUUACGUCUUUGUGAAAGUUCUUCUAGGAAUAAAGAUACCUAU